AUGCCUGGUGAAGAACAAUGUUGCGAAUUCAACUUACAGAAACUAGUGUGUUCAAACAGAGAAAAAUUACCAGCUAACUUACAAAAAGCUAUAAACAAAAUUGCGGAAGAAGAAGGUUACUUAUCCCAUGAAAUAUUGCAUAGAACUAUUUCUACGGAGGGUGGAAACUAUUUGGCCCUACUCUACGAAGUUGAUAUUAAAGGAAGAACAUGUGAAGGAGAAAAAGAAACGAAUAUUUUCAUUAAAUAUACUAUAUCGGACGAGUGCUUGAAGAUAACGAAUAUUUCUGAAUUAUAUUUUAAGGAAUUAUUUUUAUAUAGAGAACUUAGUGUAAUUUUUACAGAGCUUCAAAUCGAAGCAGGAGUGCCUUUACAUGAAAGGUUCAGAGUUGUUCAAUCUUAUAAUGAAAGUAGCACGGAAGCCAUUAUACUGAAAAAUGUAGCAAAAGAAGGUUUUGCUACUUUUUAUAGAAUGGAUGUUAUGCCUUUAAAGUUUGCUGAAUUGGCUGUGCAACAACUGGCCAGGUUCCAUGGUUUAAGUUUUGUCAUACAACGGAAAAGGCCAGAGUAUUUUGAAAGAAAAAUCAAAACACUUAAACAAUCUCUUAAAUUAAACGACGAUUUUCGAGCCUUCUGCAGAACAUUCUUCAACUACUCUGUUGAGGGAUUGGAUACAGAAGUAAGGAAAAAAUUAGAACAAGCAUUACCCAAAUUAUUGGAAAAUUACAUAAAAUAUUUAAAAGGUGAUGAAAUGAAAGUAAAGUGUUUAUGUCAUGGUGAUUACAGAAUGAACAACGUAUUAAUGAAAUUAGUGGAAGGUGAAGUAACUGAAGUAAUACCUGUGGACUUUCAACUCUUACACUACGGACCUCCAAUAAUUGAUUUUAUAUAUUUUGUUUUUGGGGCCACUGAUAAAGAAUUUCGUAGGAAUCAUUUAAUACACAUGAAGGAUAUGUACUUCGAGACAAUGGACAAUUUCCUUAAAUAUUUUGAAAUCGACAUAGGUUCAGUGUACCCAAGAAAAGAGUUUGAAACAGACUUCGUUGAAUACUUGGAUUAUGGUCUGCAAUUUAUGCUGUUUAUAUUUCCUUUAGUCUUCACGCUCGAGAGUGAUGUACCUGAUUUUAAUAAAAAUGAAACCACUGACGUAAAAGUUAAUCUUGAUCACAGAUUUUACGACAGAUUACAAGGAGUUGUAGAUGAUAUGAUUCAAUAUGGUAAAUUAUAA